CGCAAAUGCGGUGUGGAGCAGGGGCAAGCGGUGCAGCAGCAGGGACAGGGGGAGGAGCGGAGGGGACAGCAGGAGGGACAGAGGGAGGAGCAGAGGGGACAGCAGGAGGGACAGGGAGGGGAGCAGAGGGGAAGGCAGGAGGGACAGGGGCAGCAGCAGAGGGGAAGGCAGGAGGGACAGGGGCAGCAGCAGAGGGGAAGGCAGGAGGGACAGGGAGAGCAGCAGAGGGGAAGGCACGAGGGACAGGGGCAGCAGCAGAGGAAAAGGCAGGAGGGAGAGGGGCAGCAGCAGAGGGGAAGGCAGGAGGGAGAGGGGCAGCAGCAGAGGGGAAGGCAGGAGGGAGAGGGGCAGCAGCAGAGGGGAAGGCAGGAGGGAGAGGGGCAGCAGCAGAGGGGAAGGAAGGAGGGAGAGGGGCAGCAGCAGAGGGGAAGGCAGGAGGGAGAGGGGCAGCAGCAGAGGGGAAGGCAGGAGGGAGAGGGGCAGCAGCAGAGGGGAAGGCAGGAGGGAGAGGGGCAGCAGCAGAGGGGAAGGCAGGAGGGAGAGGGGCAGCAGCAGAGGGGAAGGAAGGAGGGAGAGGGGCAGCAGCAGAGGGGAAGGCAGGAGGGAGAGGGGCAGCAGCAGAGGGGAAGGCAGGAGGGAGAGGGGCAGCAGCAGAGGGGAAGGCAGGAGGGACAGGGGCAGCGGCAGAGGGGAAGGCAGGAGGGACAGGGAGAGCAGCAGAGGGGAAGGCAGGAGGGAGAGGGGCAGCAGCAGAGGGGAAGGCAGGAGGGACAGGGGCAGCAGCAGAGGGGAAGGCAGGAGGGACAGGGAGAGCAGCAAGGGGUGAUGCAGGAGGGAGUGGGACAACAGCAGGGGGGAAGGCAGGAGGGACAGGGGGAGCAGCAAGGGGGAAGGCACGAGGAGG